GUUGAGGUAUUUUCAAGAUGGCGACGCCCAUGGAUGAACAAAAUGUGACGAUCUCAACUGCUUCAACAAAUCCAAACAACAACAGCAGAAGCAUCCCAAAGAUUGAUCAAGCAGAAUUCACGCUGAGAAAGAGACUUCCUCGCCGUCUACCCAAGCGUAAAAACGACAUUUACGUGUCCAAUAAGACGGAUUUCAAGGCCCAGGAGGCGCGAUGUCAUAAAUUGUUGGAUACGGGAGUGAAUGAGGUUCACAUCCACGGACUUGGUGCUGCAGUCAACCGAGCAGUUAACCUUGCUCUCCAGCUGCAGAAGUCUAAUCUUGGUACAUUCCAGAUGUCUGUUCAUACGUCCACAGUUGAACUAACGGAUGAUCUUGAGCCUACAGGAGACGACGCAGAGCCAACAACAAGAGACAGACACAAUUCAGCCAUCCAUAUCAAGAUAUCAAGGACAGAAGAAGCUCCCUCCAAAUGAAUUUAUUUGUCAUUUGAUUGAUCUGAAUUCAAUUGUAGGAAGGAUGGAAGAACACCAUCAAUACGCUGGAUUCCCUCCUUCUCUUUAGCUUUUGGCCCAAGCCCCACAUAUUGCUUCGUGAAUUCAACUUGAAUGAGUUGUCAUGAUCUUUUUUGCAAAGAAACUUUUGUCCUCCAGUUGUCAACUACCAUUGCCAAUGAGGUGAAUGAGAGUGUAUUAAAACAAUUUUGUGCAACUGCAAGCUUAUUUUAUGAAGAAUCUCCGAGCUGACAAUCACAUAAUUUAUUUAUCGUCUACCACUGCCACUACCAGGUCUACGCCUUUUUAUUGGGCUACCUCCAAACAAAGUUAUUCAUCAAGCAAGGCAUUGUGACAAAACUUCAGAAACAGAACAAACAAAAUCAAGAUACCAUCGGACCUUUGUAGCAGCUAUUCCAACUGAACUGUGUUGUUGAUAAACUUUCCACUCCGAGAAAUUAAUUUCACAUCUGUGUACUUCUCAGAGUGUGAUUAUUGCGGCUAAUCUCUGCUCAAAGAAUUCAUGCCUUGACUGUCAUUGACUGUUGUGUUAAAAUCCCUUUUGAAAUUUCUUUCGUAAAUGAAUUGUUUUGUAUUGAUUGAAAGGUCCCCAGUAAUAAUUGCAAUGAAGGUUAAAGUUUGGAUAAAAAUCCAGAUGAAUAGUUUAAAAGACACUUGACCUGGAGUUUCAUCUGUGAAAGGGGAAAGCCAUUUUCAUUUUGCUUCCAUUUGAAAGUCUUCAAGCCUGAAUUUGAAGAAAGGUCUUGUUUUAAGAAAACAUUUUACGUUUUAAGAAAAUUUUAAGAAAAGUUUUAAGAAAAUUCUUAAAACUUUGGACAAUAAAAUGGCUGAUCAAGACUUAUGAUGAAACACCAGCAAAUCAGUUCACAUAUUCUCAAAAUCAGGAUUUAUACAUUUUUAUUUCAAACUUGUUAGAUUCAGAUUUACAUUUUUUACAUAAAAAUAAUCUAAUAUUCACUAUUGGUGACUUGUGAACAACUCACUAGUAGUAAACAAUACAGCAAAUACUUGUUUAUUUACAGUGUGGUACAAUCUAGAUAAUAACCAAGUUAGUCUGACUUGGUAAUUCUACAUCAAGGCACUCUACACCAUCAUCACCAUUUGGUCAUCGCUGCGACUCUUUGAUAUGACUUUCACUGAACUGGAUUGUCCAUAAAACAUUAACACAACCAACCAGAACCAGCCCAAUUUUUCUAAACCUUGAUGUAUUUCAAUUGAUGGGAAAAAUCAGUCCAUCUUUAUUACAUCACUAUUAUGGUAUUCAAUCAAUUUAUAUAGAUUUUUCGGUAGUUGUUUUGUUCAAUUAUUUUUCAUAAUUAAAGUGUACAAAUAAAAUGCCUGAAUCAAUAUGACGAAUCUUGUAGAAAGUUUUUGUUUCUUCUUUUUUUGUAGUAAAGUUAUGAAAACAUUUGUACAAAGUAACAUUGCUUUGGUUAAUACAAAAAAUCACAAAUUUGAAAGAAUGUUCACAAGUCUGAUACUUUUGAAAGCAAAUUUUGUAAUAAAGGUCAAAGUUCACCUUCAUGAUUCUCGAAAACAAAUGCAUUGUAAUUAACAUAGUUCCUCACUCACACAAAGCAGUUUGUGAUAUUUGUUUUGAGUUUAAAUAAACCAAGAAUACUUUCAGGAAAUCUUAAAUUUUGAAAUUGAUGACCCACGCUUAUUUUUCUCUGUAAUUUUUCAGCAUAUAAUGCAGCUAAUUUGAACAUUGCAUUUCACAGUAAGGUAGGGACUGAAAACCCAAUCAACGUAGUGCCCUCGGCGUGAUUUGAACCAGGGUCCAAGAGGUGGAAGGCGAGAGAAGAUACCACUACGCCAACCCAACAGCCAUUAAUUCAUUGGCCUACUCGACUUUUAGAAACUAGACUCUGGACCAAAUUUCAUAGAGUUGCUUUUAAAAACACAAGAAGUAGCUAAGCAAAUAAUAUUACACGUACAACUUAAAACUGGUAUCCUGGGUUCAAUUUCAUAAAGCUGUUUUAGCAAAAAAAUAAUGCACAGCAAAUUUCUUUGCUAAGCAAACAAUUUGCAACAAUGUGAACUUGAUGUAACUUUACUUUGACUGGUAACCUGUUUCUGUUAAGCAACACUUUUCAGUGCUUAGCAAGUUUCUGUGCUUACAGGCUUUAUG